GUUUGUGUUCGACGCUAGUGUCGUGUACUUGGAUUUAAUUUAAUCCCCCAAGACAAAAAUUUCCCAGUUAGGUUUUGGAAUAAAAAUCCCAAGUUUCUCUUCUUGAUUUGCUGUUUUGCUGUGUUCUUGAGAUAUGGCAGGGAGAGAAGUUCGUGAGUACACCAAUCUGAGCGACCCCAAAGAUAAAAGGUGGGGCAAAGGAAAGGACAAACUGGACGAUGAAGAUAUUGCUUUCCAGCGUAUGGUUGCCAAGAUGCAAGAGGUUGCUGGAGAACGUGGAGGCUACCUACAUGGGCGAGGCGCUUUGGACAGUGAUGAUUUACUCUAUCUCAAGGAGCAGAUGGAAGCAGAGGAGGAUGCUGAACGCCUCCUGCGCCGUACCGAGAAACGGGCAUUUGCUGCAUUUAAGAAAGCUGCAAGUUUAGCAGAUUCCUCACCUGCAUCCUUUCCUCUUCCCCUUCGAGUUGAACCCAAGCCAAAGAGUGGAAUCAGACAGCAAGAUUUGCUGAAAAAAGUUGUGGAAGUUAAACCGAAACGGCCCAAAAUUUCAUCCCCCUCGAGCUCUGAGCCUGAGGGGAAUCAAUCCAAUUUACAAUCUCAGGGGCAGGAGUCCAACCUUGAGAAGAAGAUUGGGCAUUGUGUUUCGGAAUCAAAUACAGCAGAAAAGCAGAAUAAGGUGGAAAAGUCUACCAAAUCCUUAUUAGGCUUAGCCUAUGCAAGUUCUGAUGAUGAUGAUGAUGAUGAUGAUGAUGAUUGACUGAUAUAUACAUGCAUUUGACUUGUAAUCUACAUGAACAUGAACAUGACUUUGUUUUUGUUUUUCUCCCCCCAUAACAAACGCUCACAUUUUGUAGUAGGUUUAAUAUCGUAUUUGACCUUUAGGUAUUUUAAGAAAAUUUUCAAUAUGGCAUCUUAUAAAAUAGUAUAAUGUGGAACCUGUAUCAUGUAUACUACUAUUUCUUGCGUUA